AUGGAAAUGCCAAGAGUAGCUGCAUUGGCACUGGCACUUAGCCUCGUCUUUCUGAACUUGACUGGCCAAUGUAGUGGUGAGUUGGGGUUUGGAUUCUACAGCGGAAAAUGCAGAGACAAAAAUGGAUUUCAGCAAAAUGUUGAGAACAUUGUAGCCAAGAAAGUCCAAGAAAGAUUCAUUGUUGACUCGACAAUAGUGGCUGCUCUUCUUCGCAUGCAAUUUCAUGAUUGUUUUGUCAAUGGAUGUGAUGCAUCUAUAUUACUGGAUGGGCCAAAUAGUGAGAAAACAGCACCGCCAAAUCUAAGCGUAAGGGGUUAUGAGUUCAUCGAUGAGAUAAAAGAAGAAAUUGAAAAUACAUGUCCAGGAAUUGUCUCUUGUGCAGAUAUUAUAGUAAUGGCCACCAGAGAUGCUGUUGCCGAGAGUUAUAAAAAAUUAGGGGAAGGGUGGUACCCUGUACAAACAGGAAGAAAAGAUGGUCUUACAUCUUCUGCUCAAAAUGUGAAUCUACCAUCUCCAAGUAUCACAAUCGAUCGAUCUAUUCAAGUAUUUGCUAGUACAAAGCUGAAUGCUACAGACAUGAUUUAUCUUCUUGGAGGUGGUCACAGUGUUGGGAUAGCACAUUGUGCUCUCUUUGAAAAUCGUCUUUACAAUUUCCACAACAGUGGCAGUCCUGACCAGACCAUGAAUAAAACAUUACUGAGCACGCUACAAAAUCUCUGUCCUCAAAAUGCUGGCAGUAGCAAGUCAGCUAAUCUCGACCAGAAUCCUCUUAAUUCUUCUUCAGUUGACAAAUCUUUCUACGAGCAAAUACUUUUAGGUAAUGGAAUUCUGGAAGUUGAUCAGCAGCUCGCAUUGAACUCAAAGACCAAAGUCACAGUGGGAACAAUAGCUAAAAGCGAAGGCUUCAUUUUUCAAUUUGGUCGGGCCAUGAUUAAGUUGGGAAUUGUUGACGUCAAGACUGACAACGACGGGGAGAUCAGGAAAACAUGCCGAGCUGUUAAUCCUUCUAGUGGAAAUUCUGGUGGAAGUUCUAGUGGAUUUGGAAAUUUAUUUAACUGA